UCUCAAUGAAGCGUGUCGUCAUCAUUCGGUCUUCAUCUCAACCACCUUCUCUUUUCUGCACUACUUAUAAAUCAGCACGCAUUAAUUCAUUCUUUCUCUUGGAAACAAAAUUCAAUUACAUACCUUGAUUUCUACUACCUCUCUUUCUCAUCAUAAUUCAAACACACAAAUUCUCAAGCCCAAGUCUUAGAAUAUGCAGAACGGUGCAGAGACCUAUCGACGAAUCGCCACCAUCUCAGCUCACCUUAACCCCUCUCCUUCUUCUCAUCAGAUGGAGGGAGGUGUGGGUUUGAGCCGAGCUAAUUGCAGGGCGAAAGGGGGUUCUCCGGGAUUCAAAGUCGCGAUUUUGGGUGCCGCAGGAGGUAUUGGUCAGCCACUUGCUAUGCUUAUGAAAACGAAUCCACUGGUUUCAGUUCUGCAUCUUUAUGAUGUUGCCAAUACUCCUGGUGUAACUGCUGAUAUUAGCCACAUGGACACUGGUGCCGUGGUACGUGGUUUUCUAGGGCCUCAACAAUUGGAAGAUGCUCUCACUGGCAUGGACCUUGUAAUAAUCCCUGCUGGUGUUCCUAGAAAACCAGGCAUGACAAGAGAUGAUCUUUUCAACAUCAAUGCAGGAAUUGUGAGGACUUUAUGUGAAGGAAUUGCCAAGUGCUGUCCUAAGGCCAUUGUUAACAUAAUUAGUAAUCCUGUUAACUCUACAGUACCGAUUGCUGCAGAGGUUUUCAAGAAGGCUGGCACCUUUGAUCCCAGGAGACUGUUGGGUGUGACAAUGCUUGAUAUUGUCAGAGCCAAUACAUUUGUGGCUGAAGUUUUGGGGCUUGAUCCUAGGGAAGUUGAUGUUCCAGUUGUGGGGGGUCAUGCUGGUGUUACAAUUCUACCUCUUCUUUCCCAGGUUAAGCCUCCUUGUUCUUUUACGCCAGAGGAAACUGAAUAUUUAACAUCUCGUAUACAAAAUGGUGGAACUGAAGUUGUUGAGGCAAAAGCUGGUGCUGGUUCGGCAACUCUCUCUAUGGCAUAUGCUGCGGUUAAAUUUGCUGACGCAUGUUUGCAUGGAUUGAGAGGAGAUGCUGGCAUUGUAGAAUGUGCUUUUGUGUCUUCUCAGGUGACUGAGCUUCCAUUUUUCGCAUCAAGAGUACGGCUUGGUCGUAACGGAGUUGAAGAAAUAUACCCCCUUGGUCCCCUAAAUGAAUACGAGAGGACUGGGCUUGAGAAGGCAAAGAAAGAGCUGGCGACAAGUAUUCAGAAGGGUGUUAACUUUGUAAAGAAAUGAGCAGACAGCUAAAUGACUUCCAAAAGAUGCUUUUAUGUGGCCAUAUAUCUCAAAUCCGCAGUUCCAGAAAAUAAGAGUAGUCUCUUUGUUGUAUUGAAGGGCAAAUCCUGUUCUACUUUUCUAUAGAUUGAUGCCUUGGUGCAGAAAAUAAAUGUAGUAUCUGGUCAUCUAAAAUAAUAACAGUCCCCAUUGCAUGUUAAGACUUGCAAAGUAUUACAUCCAUUUGAAGCAAGGUCUUGUUGGGGACUUUUUGAUAUAGAUAUUAAAAGGCGAAAAAUUCAAAAAUGGCCAGUUUUUCGCCUGGUCAAUCAAAUGUAGCCACAUAAUCACCGGUCAACGAUAUUUAGCCACUAAUUUAGUGCGGUAAUA